AUGUGUCAAAAGUUGAUUGACUCCAAAGUGGUUUCUCACUUACACUUCUAUACAAUGAACUUGGAACGUGCGACAAUCAUGAUUCUCGAAAACUUGAACCUCAUUGAACCAGUCAAGGACCAUGAAAUCAUCGGUGGUGUGGAUCUUCCUUGGAGAAAAUCGUUACAUCCUUCGCGGUCAAAGGAAUCUAUUCGUCCCAUCUUUUGGCAAAAUAGAAAAUACUCCUACAUUUCCAGAACAUCUACUUGGGAUGAGUUCCCUAACGGAAGAUGGGGUGAUUCCCGGUCGCCUGCCUUUGGUGAUAUCGAUCUUUUUGCUGCCGAUUUAUUGCGCCAGUCUCCUAAGAGGGCUUUUGAUUUAUGGGGAUGUCCUCAAUCGUUCAAAGACUUGUCAAACCUUGUCGUAUCUUACUUGAAGAAUGAUUUGAAGUCUUUACCUUGGUCUGAUGGUCCUAUAGGUGAAGAUACAGCUAUCAUUGUCGACAAAUUGAUAUCAUUGAACCAAAGAGGCUUUCUCACCAUGAACUCCCAGCCCUCUUUGAACUGUGUCAAGUCCAAUGACAAAGUUUAUGGGUGGGGCCCAAAGAACGGGUACGUGUUUCAAAAGCAAUACCUCGAGUUUUUCUGCCACAGAGAUAUCUUCCCAAAACUUUUAGAGUCAAUUGAGAAAUUCAAUGAGAAGGGAGGUGAGAGUUGCAGUUUCUUAACUUACUAUGCAGCAGACAAGAACGGUGAGCUCAAUACAAAUACGAAGGAAGAUGAUAUCAACGCCGUUACUUGGGGUGUCUUCCCAGGAGAGGAAAUUUUGCAACCUACAAUUGUCGAAAAAACUUCCUUCUUUGCAUGGAAAGAUGAGGUCUACCGUCUUCUCGCUGAAUGGGGUAGCGUCUAUGAUAGUCACAUCACCAGCGACGAAACAUUAAAGAAAUCCCAAGUCAAGGAAUUCACCCACACUUUGAAUGAGUUUGCAGACCAGUUUAUCCUUUGCAAUAUUGUGAAUAACAACUUUGUCGAUGACGACCUGGUUCUCUUUUCUAUCUUUGAUGAUAUACAAUCAUCUGAGUUUUAA